GAAGAGUCUCGCAAGCAGGAUAUGAAAGAAGAGGUGAUGGUCGUCACUGCUACAUGACCCACCCUUAGAGCUCUAAACCUAACCAUAAAGGUUUCCAGAGUAAGAACCAACAGUUCCGCCCCAACUAGAAUGGUGCCUCUCAAGGUAACCAAAGGGUCACGACCCAACCCUCUAAGAAUGACCCACCGUUUAUCUGCUAUAACUGCGGUAAACCGGGUCAUAUGGCACAAAAAUGUCGGAACAAACCUAACCCUGCUGCUGCUAUCAGGGUUAACUUGACAGAAGAGUACUUGAUAGCCAUGAUCACAAAUAUGAUCGCUGAAGUCAACCUCACCGGUGACUCAGAAGGAUGGUGGCUGGAUACAGGUGCAUCGAAGCAUGUAUGUAACAAUCGUGCUAUGUUUAAAACAUACACAGAAGCACCUGCUGACAAGAAAGUGUUGUUGGGGACCGCCCACACCACUAUGGUUGCUGGUUCUGGUGAAGUGGAGUUGAACUUCACCUCUGGGAAGAAGAUGGUGCUCAAGGAUGUGUUGCACACUCCAUAGAUAAGGAAGAAUCUUGUUUCGGGAUAUCUUCUUAAUAAGACUGGUUUUAAUCAAUCUAUUGGGGCAGACUUGUAUACCCUUACUAAGAAUGAGAGUUUUGUGGGAAAGGGAUAUGCAUGUAAUGGGAUGUUCAAGUUGAAUGUUGAAAGUAUUAAGAUGAAUUCUUCAGUUUACAUGGUGUGUGAUUUGAAUGUUUGACAUGCUCGUCUUUUUCAUGUGAACACAUGAAUUGUGAAGAAUUUAAGCAAGCUAGGACAUAUCCCUAAACUCUCAAUGAAUGAAUUUGAUAAAUGUGAUUUAUGUAGCCAAGCUAAGAUAACGAAAACUCCCCAUAAUCUGUGAGUAGAAAAUCAGAACCCCUAGAUCUGAUUCAUUCUGAUAUUUGUGAACUAGAUGGGACGUUAACUAGUUCUGGCAAGAGAUACUUUAUCACUUUCAUAGAUGAUUGCUCUGAUUAUUGCUUUGUUUAUUUGAUGAAAAACAAAAGUGAAGCCCUUGAUAUGUUCAAGGUAUUUGCGGUUGAAUUUGAAAAUCAGUGCAAUCGAAAAAUAAAACGACUUAGGAGUGAUAGAGGAUUAGAGUAUGACUCUAAUCCCUUCAAGGAAUUCUAUAGCUCACAUGGUAUCAUUGAUGAAACCAAGGCAUCAUAUUCACCGGAAAUGAAUGGUAAAGCUUAGC